AAGCAGGUUUUUACCCUUGACUUCCAAUAUUCUGCCACAUCAAGGAAGAUUUGGUCUACGAAAGUAUAUACCCAUAUUUGAGCCAAAAAUGUUCCUCUUCACCGUUAUUAUAUAUGUGUUCUGCAUAGUCUCCAAUGCAGCUUCCAGUUCUUCAGAAACUUGCUAUGUCCCGAGUGAUCAGCAAUGGUUGGUCAAAGGCCUCCAGACUCAACUGGAAAAUUGGGCCAGCCUGCAGAUUAAACCUGAUCCCAGUGUCCUGAUUGCUUUGAAACUGGCUGAAGACCACAAUCUUAAUGUGAUAACACAGUUGGUGAAGCAGAUAAAAGAAACCGCUGGAACAGAGAUGACCUCUGGCAAAGUGGCCCUUUAUGUCCUAGCUCUUCGAUCUGCCUGUCAGAAUCCUGCUGAUGUCAACACGCCAGAAAAACAUGUCAACCUGGUCCAAGUCCUUGAAGAGAAAACAAAGGAAGAGAUUAAGUAUAUCAAUACUACUGGGACUCCCAAGACCACCUACUACCAAUUGGCUCUAGAUACUUUGGCUCUGUGUAUAGAAAAAAGUCCAGAACUUGAAAGAGCUGCCACCGCUCUGGCCAAAGCAGCCCUGACUAAUAGUUUCCAAUUCCUUGGUCAUUUCUCUGUAGAUACUGGUGCCGUAGCAAGUUUGGCACUGUUCUGUGUGUAUGAAGGAAGGAUCUCAUCUCAGCAGAGCAAACUUGUAGGAACUAUACAAGAAGCCUUGGCCCUGAUCACAAAGCAAAUCCUUAAUGAACAGCAGACUAAUGGCCUCCUUGGAAAUAUCUAUAGCACUGGCCUUGCAAUGCAGGCUCUCAGUGUUACUUCUGAGUUCUACUCUGAUAACGCAUGGAACUGCCCCAAGACCCUGAAUGAAGUGCUGAGUAAGAUCCCUGAGGGAGCCUUUAGCACUCCAGCUGCUGCUUCUCAGAUCCUGCCUUCUCUGGUGGGGAAAACCUAUCUGGAUGUGAGCAGUCUCACUUGCACCUCUGAAACUGUAACAGUACAUUAUAAGGUAAUCAACAAGCUGAAAAAACCUUAUUUCAAAUAUUCCACAACUGUGAAAGUGCCAAAGGGUUCGGUGCUGCUCGCUGUCUUGGAAGCAGCUCGACAAUUUAAUGCAAAGGAAUUCAGCUUUCAAACAGAGGAGACAUCUUGGGGCCCCAUGGUCACCUCUAUCAGUGGCCUCCAAGGUAACACCAAUGAAAAGACCUACUGGCAGUUCCUCAGUGGCAAAACACCCCUUGAACAAGGUGUUGGUAGCUACAAACCAAGAGAUAAUGAGCUAAUUGUGGCCAUCUUCAGUAGAUACUGAAUUAUUACCUAUAAUAAAGAACCGAGAAUCAAGUCUGUAUUUAUCAGAUGAUAGCCAAGCCUUCUGCAUGGAAUUUGAUAUGUUACAGUUCUGGCAAGAUGACAAUAAAAUAGUGAUUUGAUACGUGCAAA